AAAUGGGGUGUGAGCAGGGAGGAGGAAGGACGUUCAUCUCGUGACAUCAUGGCGCCUCCUGUCCCGGCCUCCUGACCUGGCCUGUGCACUCUGUUUCUGGCUGGCGCUCUGCAGGGUGUCCAUUUUCUCAGGCUGCUCAGAUUUUCCACCCCUCAUGUGGGAACAUCUCUGUAAGAGAGCCUCCCUGCCUUUCUCUGGAAUGUGUUGUGGUUAGCAGCUUCAUGCCCAGGAGGUGAACGAGGGCCCUGGGCUGCUGUCUGAGUUGUGGGGUUUGCUCUUCCAGCUCGUCCCUCCUGCCAGGCCACAGGCUGCCACCUCUGGCCGUUAGCAGUGGUCCCCAGCUGCCCCUUUCCCCUGUCCAGUUUCUACUGUGGACAGUCUGUUUUGGACCUGAAAACCAGAUAGCUAGCCAAGCUUAUUAAGAUCCUGGGUAAAAUCACAAGGAAUAAGCUCUGCAUUGGGGUUUAUGAAGGGUGGUCUGGAUCAGCAAGAGGCCCUGGAUGAAUAAGGCGGUAUCUGUUUUCAUGGUGUAAUCGAGUGAGCUUCAAAAGCUUGGCCGUCCACUCUUGAACACAGGGUGCUGAAAGUCCCGAGUUCAUUAGGAAAAGCCCUGGCCCCAUGUCAGGGUUGCCGGCUCGUGUGCUUGACGACAGACACGAUGAAAAGCGCGGGUCCCCUCCUGCCCAGCACUCUCACUAUCUUGCGGUGAACAGCUUCACGUCCUGAGUGCAGUUGUCUGUCCACACUGACAGCCAGUGAACAGGGACGGCAUGUGUCCGCCACCAGGGACGGCAUGUGUCCGCCACCGAGAGAGCCCCACAGGCAGCCGUGGGCUGUCCGACCCUGGCCUGGCACGGCGGACAGAAUCCCACCCCGAAGACACAGGGGCCCACAGAUAAGAUUUCAGCAGAGGAAAGAGUUCCCACUUGGCCACAGAUUAUAGAAGGGCCCAAAACGGAAAGAGCCUGGGGCUCGGGGAGGAGUUUGAGUGAACAGUGCUCAGAUGGGUCACACCCUCCUGUGAGGGAAGAAAGGGCCUCUUUCACUGGAGAACCCGCAGCUCUGCUUAGGGUCCCCCCCCCCCCCUGCGAUGGCCUCAGGUUUGUUCUUAGAAAAUAAAGAUGGAAAGUCUUUGUUGACGUCUAUAAAUGAUUGAAUGAUUGGCUCCCAGCUACAAAGCAUGUUCGAUCUCGUGGUUGGUGGGGGGGGGGCCGGAGGUGAGGCCGCGAGCGGCGGGUGGAAGGCACAGCUCUGCAACCAAGGUCAUGGGCGUAUUUCCUGCCAUGUUACUAAUUGUUCUCCUUUCCCCUUUCCCCCAAGGCAAGAAUGUUGUCCAUCAGUUGUCUGUAACUCUUGAAGAUUUGUAUAAUGGAGUCACAAAGAAGUUGGCCCUCCAGAAAAAUGUAAUUUGUGAGAAAUGUGAAGGCGUCGGUGGGAAGAAGGGGUCUGUGGAGAAGUGUCCCCUGUGCAAGGGCCGUGGGAUGCAGAUCCACAUCCAGCAGAUAGGGCCGGGCGUGGUGCAGCAGAUCCAGACCGUGUGCAUCGAGUGCAAGGGCCAGGGGGAGCGCAUCAGCCCCAAGGACCGCUGCGACAGCUGCAGUGGCACCAAGGUGAUCCGCGAGAAGAAGAUUAUCGAGGUGCACGUGGAAAAAGGUAUGAAAGAUGGGCAAAAGAUACUGUUUCAUGGAGAAGGAGAUCAGGAGCCUGAGCUGGAGCCUGGUGAUGUCAUAAUUGUGCUUGAUCAGAAGGAUCAUAGUGUCUUUCAGAGGCGAGGCCACGACUUGAUCAUGAAAAUGAAAAUUCAGCUUUCUGAAGCCCUCUGUGGCUUCAAGAAGACGAUAAAAACGUUGGACGAUCGAGUUCUCGUCAUCACGUCCAAGUCGGGCGAGGUGAUAAAGCAUGGUGACCUGAGGUGUGUGCGUAACGAAGGGAUGCCCAUCUACAAAGCACCCCUGGAGAAGGGGACUCUGAUCAUCCAGUUUCUAGUCGUCUUUCCCGAGAAACACUGGCUUCCUCAAGACAAGCUUGCGCAGCUGGAGGCCCUGCUGCCCCCGCGGCAGCACGUGAGGGUCACGGACGACAUGGACCAGGUGGAGCUGAAGGAGUUCAACCCCAGCGAGCAGAACUGGCGGCAGCAGCGGGAGGCCUACGAGGAGGAGGACGACGACGGGCCGCGGGCCGGGGUGCAGUGCCAGACGGCGUGAGCGGCCGGAGGACUAGCGCGCCCGAGUGUAACGCUGGCACAAUGAAAAGGGCAUCGCCUAAUGGCCUCGUGUCUGGCGUGUCCUGUGUAUGUGUUCAGCCCUCUCAGUUGCUGAGCGUCUCUUGGUUUUUCUUUUGUUUUUCUUUUGGUUGUCACUUAAGUUAUGGCUUAAUUUAUAUUUAAAUGUUUCAAGUGUAAAUCAUCUGCAGUCUGCAUAUGGAACCUGUUUAUUUACGUUUUCAGUACGUGUUUGAGAGGCCCGUGACCGCACUGACACUUGCUUCUGGGGGCUUGGCCGGGUCGGCGGGUCGCGGCCAGUGCGGCCCCUCGCAGGGCGCUGGGCACCGCCUGCGGGCGCGGCUCCCCUGCCCCCGCCCCUCCCGGGGCUGCUGAAUCUAGACUCUAGAUGACGCUCCUCCAGGCAAAAGCACAUCUGUGGCCUGGGCUGGGCCCCAGGGCCUGCUCCAUGCAGGGCUGCUGCUCUGGGGCUGUAGUGGGUGCAUGAGCAUCUCUCGGAGGCUUCCGGAAGCUUCCCGGCCUGGUGGUGAGGACAAACCAGUGCUCUGAACGCAGCGCUGACGUAACGGUUUGCCUGGGGCCCCGCACCUUGUUGCUUGCGGUUGUGAUGAUUUUCUCUUGGCAGUCGUUGCAACACUCUUCCACCAAAGUGCUUACCGUAAAGGACAUCCCGUGGGCCACGGAGCCUCCGGGCUGCGGCUCAGGCCGCAGGAGCGGCAGCCUGGCUGGGGAGGCAGACGUCCGUCUGCACCCCCUCCCAGAGAUGUCUCCUCUGGCUGCCCGGCCAUGGGGCGCGGGGCCUCCUGCUCAGGACGCGGUUCUGGCGAGAAGCGCGCUGCCCGGGCUCUGCUGGGCACAGUGGCGAGGGCCGCCUGCCCGGAGGGACAGUUCUCACUGCUUCACUCCCAGCGGGCGGCCCUCCCCUGGUUCUGCAGAAGCGGACAGUCUGACGCAGACCGGGGGCUGCCGCAGGAGGGUG